AUGGGCGGGCCUACUCCCAACUCCGGUACGCCAAACAACGCGUCCAGUGGAGACAUAUCCCGCCAGAAGCUCAACACAUAUAUCUACGACUAUUUUCUCAAGCACGGCAACCACGAAGUCGCCCGUAGCAUCCUCAAGACUGUCGAUCUCGACCUAGAUCCGCAUCAGAGCCCGGAUCGCAAAGACAUCAAUGGCGUGAGCGACUCGAUGGACACCGACUCCAAAGACAACAACAAGAAACCCGACGACCUGCCUUCACCCAACGUGCCAGCCGCUUCAGACGGCAGCUUCCUGUACGACUGGUGGCACCAGUUCUGGGAGUGUUUUAAUGCACAACACGGUCGAGGCAAUAACACGCAGACUGCAAAGUAUCUGACCAACGUCCAGGCCCGAAUGGCCAGCGAGCGACAGAGGCUGAUGCGCGUCGAUCCCCAGAUGCAAGCCAAUAUGGCCAUGCGCCCCGGCAUGGUUGGCCCUGGUAUGCCAGUACCUCCCGAGAUGGCCAAGAAGUUCGGCCUCCAACCUGGCCGUCAACCCACGCAGCAGCAAGUGGUACAGAUGCAGCAGCAAAUGCGCAUGCAACAGAUGGCUCAACUGCAGCAAACCGCCAUGCAGAGAGAGGGCUCGACUAUGGAGCAAAGACCCGCUUCUCCUGGUGGCGGCGGCGGCGACGCCGCUCCAUCGCCCAAACGUCAGCGACUGGAGGGCAACUUCAACGGCGCCAUGGGCCCUAUGGGACGCGGCCAGCCUCCGGGCAUGCCCGGACAACAGAUGGCCAACCCUCAGGCAAAAGCCAUGCAACAGGUAUAUGCCAACUCCAUGCGCCAGCAUAUGCAAUCCGCCAUGGAUUCUAACGUGGACAAGGGGUUGAUGCCUAACGGAGCACCUCAGAUGCCGCAGGAUCCCAAUUCGGCCGAAUUCUUCAACACGCAGAUGCGUCCCAUGCCUGGCCAGCAGCCGCCACCCAAUGCGAACAGCAACCACGCCCUCCAGGACUACCAGAUGCAGUUGAUGCUGCUAGAACAGCAGAACAAGAAGCGCCUGUUGAUGGCUCGCCAAGAACAAGACAACAUGACCAAUGGACCCAACGGCCCCGUACCUGCUUCUGGUCAGCCUCAAAACUUCGCGCCAGCCAUGUCGCCCUCCAACAGCAGGGCUGGUCCCUCUCCAGGCCCCAACGAGCAGAUGCGACGCGGCACUCCCAAGAUGGCCCCCGGUGUCGUCCCCUCUCCCACGGCCGACGGUGGCAUGCCCGGUCGCGCAUCUCCUGCUCCCGGCCAGUUCGACCCAAACAAUCCUAUGAACCCAGCCAUGUUCCCAAUGGCCAUGAUGAAAGGUCCCAACGGCCAGAUGAUGCAGCCUCCCAGCUCGCAUCCUGCCUUUGCUCAGAUGAAUCAGCAACAACAGAUGGACAUGUUCCGCCAGGCUCAAGCACGCAAUGGCCAGGCGCAGAUGGCCAAUGGCUUUAUGCCCCAACCGGCCCCACCACAACCACCCAACAUGACGCCUCAGCAGCGCAAUGCGGCUAUGCCUCCUCCGCCUGCUCCUGGUAACGAUGGUGCCAGAGCUGCAAACAAGCCCAACACCAAGUCCAAAAAAGAUAAUUCUAAGGCAGCAAAUAAGGGUGGUAAGAAGGGAACAACCGGCGCAACUCCUCAAGAGUCGACUGAACAGCCCCCAACUCCGACUCCAGCACCACCAAUCACACCCCAGCCAAGUUCAGCUUUCCCUCCGAAACCAGGCCAGCCUCAGAAUCAACAACCGUCCAACUCGCAACCCGGUAUGCCUGGACAGCAAAAUCCAGGCGGCGACAUCAUUGGCGGUCUCGAUUUCGAAAUGGGCGGCCCAGAUGUGCUUGAUAAUUUCGAUUUCGAUUCCUUCCUCACGACUGACGGCGGCGCCGACGGCUUCGGUUUUGACCCUAGCGGCAUGAACUUCGGCACUGAUGGCGGACUCGAAGCAGGCGGUGAUCUCUGA